AUGGCUCCUCCGCAACCUCCAAACAAUAAUAACAACCAAGAUCCGAUGGGCUACUUGGCACAACUGAUCGCAAACUUCGCCCCCAACCACCCCGGCGCCCCCGGCCGCGGCGUCGACCACGCCGGCCCGGACAACGCCAGCUACCCUACCUUCUGGCCCGGCUUCCCCUCUGGCCCGCCUCCUCCUCCUCCCGGCCCGCCCCCUCCUCCCGGACCCCCAGGUUCCGACCAUCCUCCUCCACCUCCUCCUCCACCCGGACACGGCCCCGCGCCGCCUCCUCCCGGCCGCGGCGGCCGCCACCACCUCCACCACCACCGUUUCCACCACCCGGAGUACUACUCCUGGGGCGCCCGCGACGGUGCUGCCUAUCUCAACGCCGACGGCCAAUAUGACUUUGCCGACACCGAUCGGGGCCACCGCCACCACGGUCGCCACCGACGCGGGCGCGGCCACCAUGACACCGAUGAGGAGGGCGCCCGCGAGCGACCCGUCGACGUCGACGAGAAGAAUGAAAAGUCCGCCGACGAGAAGAAGAAGAACAAUUCUGCAGAUGAGAAGAGCGGCUCCCCUGACACCAUGAGAGAGGACGUUCCGGACCCCGACGAGAUGGUCCCUGAGUACGAGGAGGCCGGCAACGAGCCCUUCACCGGCGCCGGCGGCUUCGGCGGCGGUUUCGGCGGCUACGGGCACGGGUGGGGAGGCCGUGGCGGAUGGGGCGGCCGUGGCGGUCGCGGUGGCUGCCGCGGUGGUUUCGGCCGCCGCCACCACCAAGACCGCGGCGGCUUCCCCUUCUACGGCGGCGGCGCCUUUUCCAGCAUCCCCGAGAUAGCGCAAGGUCUCAUGAGCCACCCCAUCCUGCAGCCCUUCAUCGCCGCGAUGCAAAACCACAACAACAACAAUAACAACGCCAAUGCCGCGGCCUCCGACGACGACGAGGACACCUUCGCGCCGCCGGUCGACGUCUUCGACACGCCGGCCGCGUACAUCCUCCACGUCGCCCUCCCCGGCGCCAAGCGCCAGGACAUCGGAGUGCACUGGGAUGUGGAGCGCGGUACGCUCUCGGUCGCGGGCGUGGUGCACCGCCCCGGCGACGAGGCCUUCCUCCAGACGCUGCGGUCGUCGGAGCGCCGCGUCGGCGUCUUCUCCCGUGAUAUUACCCUUCCUCCGGUGCAGGAGCAGGGGCAGUCCGCGCCGAGGGAGGAGAUCAACGGCGAGGGCAUCGAGGCCAAGCUGGACGACGGCGUGCUGGUCGUCAUCGUGCCCAAGGCGGACAAGGAGUGGACCGAGGUCCGCAAGGUGGACGUCUUGUAA